CACGCUACACGAAGAGAGAAUCACUCACAUGCAGCGUAGAAGAAUUCGCUGGUGCAGCGGAAUGUAGGUUAUCUGAUCUGAGAUGUCCAAAAGUAAGACUGGCGGGUACAAAGGACCUUUUCAGAAGAAAAAAGAGGGAGAACUGAGGAGUACUUUUAGGUACAAAUGUGGACUGACCAACACCAUCCAAGACGUCUUGCGCCAAAGGCCUGGAUGGAUAGAGGUCAAAGAUGAUGGUGAGUGGGACUUCAACUGGUGUGAUGUUGGAUGGCUGCGAGAGAACUAUGAUCAUUCCUACAUGGAGGAACAUGUGCGAAUAUGCCAUUUUCGUAAUCACUAUGAGUUAACAAGAAAGAACCUGAUGGUGAAAAACCUGAAGAGAUACCGGAAAUCCCUGGAGCGAGAAUCGGGGCGCCUGGAAGCAACCAAGUGUGACUUCUUCCCACGGACCUUUGAGCUGCCCAGCGAGUACCACCUCUUCGUGGAGGAGUUCAAACGUAGUCCGGGUAGCACUUGGAUCAUGAAGCCAGUGGCCAGAUCUCAGGGGAAAGGUAUUUUUCUUUUCCGCAAACUCAAAGACAUCAUGGACUGGAAAAAGGAUGGAACCCGGUCAGAGGAGCAAAGAGACGAAACUCAAGUUGAGAGCUAUGUUGCCCAGCGUUACAUUGAGAACCCCUACCUCAUCAGUGGGAGGAAGUUUGACCUGAGGGUGUAUGUUCUGGUGACGUCGUACAUUCCUCUGAAGGCCUGGCUCUAUCGAGAUGGCUUUGCACGCUUCUCCAGCACGCGUUUCUCCCUCAGCAGCAUUGACGAUCAGUAUGUCCACCUCACCAACGUGGCUGUGCAGAAAACAGCCCCAGAUUACGACCCGGAAAAGGGUUGCAAGUGGGAGAUACAGAAGCUGAGGCGUUAUUUAACAGCAAAGCACGGCUCCGACACCAUAGAAUCUCUCUUCAAGGAAAUAGACAACAUCUUUGUGCGCAGCCUUCAGAGUGUACAAAAGGUCAUCAUCAACGACAAACACUGCUUUGAGUUGUAUGGCUAUGACAUUUUGCUGGACCAGGACCUAAAACCAUGGCUGAUUGAAGUGAACGCGUCCCCCUCCCUCACCGCCAGCAGUCAGGAAGACUAUGAGAUGAAGUGUCGACUACUGGAAGACACCCUGCAUAUCGUGGACAUGGAGGGCAGACUCACCGGCCGGGAGAAGAGGGUUGGGGGUUUCGACUUGAUGUGGAACGACGGACCAGUUUACCGGGACGACGUAAACUUGGAAACACUGGGCCUAUCGUGUUUUCCUGCAAACACCCACUUAGGCUGUGUCAAUGACAGGGACAAACAACUCCGCCAGCUCCUAAAGCCCUUUCCUGGACAGAAGAAGACGUGAAGAGAUUGCCCCCACACAGUCACAGCAACCAUGUGAAUAUGCAGUAUUCUAUAUUACACAGUGCAUUAUAUUGUACAUUAUAGUCACUAUGUUAGUGAGGUUUGAAGGAAGUUUUGAAAUUAUGUGUAUGUCCAACAAUGAGAAAUUGAGUGCGAAAAAAAGAGUGUUAUUGUUAAAUCAAGUAAAGUAACUCAAUAAAGACAACUGUCAAAGAUAA